CUUUCCAUUCAAUGUGCAGCAGCCAUUCUUCUACAUCAUUGCCUACAUCUGGUGCAUAUCCUUCAUAGUAUAUGCCAUACAUGCCGUUGCUGCCAUGGAUUCGUUAUUUUGUUGGUUUAUCUUUAAUAUUUCUGCACACUUUCGCAUUCUACAACAUAAACUCGAAGCAGUUGCUGCCACUUUGGCCGAGGAAGAUUACGUUAGCUUUCAACAAAAUAUCACGGAAGCCUUACGCUAUCACCGGCACAUAAUUGAGUUAGCAGCAGAAUUCGAUGAUCUCUAUGCACCCAUCGUUUUUAUAGAAAUCGCUGUUAGUUAUCUAAAACUUUGCUUCAGCGCUUACAAUCUAAUCAAUCUAGCUGAUAUAUCUAGCUUUCCAGUGAUUGUUGUGGGACUCGUCACCAUCACAUUUCAAUUGUGUAUUUACUGCUUUAGUGGUGAAAAAAUCAAAAAUGCGAGCUUACUAAUUUCGGAUCAUAUCUAUUUGACUUUUCCUUGGGCGCGCAUGCCUUCGUCUAUGAGACGCUUACUGCUGUUGCCUCUAAUGCGCGCACAACGUUCCACCAAUCUAACGGGAUAUCUCUUUAUUGUCGACCACAGCCUUCUGGUGUGGAUAUUCAAAACUACUGGCUCAAUUAUUGGCUUUUUGUCCGCUACGAAAGAAAAAACUGUUGAUGUAAACUAA